GCCGCCCCGGGAGCAGGGGGAGGGACGCCUGCCCCUCUGUCCGUGGGCAGCUGCGCCCCGUCAGUUGGUCAGCGCGUCUGUCGGUCGGUGGGUCCGGGCCUCCGGCUUCGCCCUCGCCAUGGCACCCUGGCUGCCGCUGCUGUCGCUGCUGGGGCUGCUCCUGGGCGCCGAUCCCGCCCCGCCCCGCCAGGCAGCCGACGUUCAGGCCCGGGAGGCGGCGUACCCGGAGCUGCUGGGGCCCGCCCGGUUCGCCCUGGAGAUGUACAACCGCGGCCGGGCAGCCGGGACGCGGGCGACGCUGGGGGCGGUGCGCGGUCGCGUCCGCCGGGCGGGCCAGGGGUCGCUGUACUCCUUGAAGGCGACCCUCGAGGAGCCUCCCUGCAACGACCCCACGGUGUGCCAGCUCCCUGUGUCCAAGAAGACCCUGCUCUGCAGCUUUGAAGUCCUGGAUGAGCUAGGAAAACACAUGCUGCUGAGACGGGACUGUGGCCCAGUGGAUACCAAGGUUACAGAUGACAAAAAUGAGACUUUGAGUUCAGUCCUUCCACUGUUGAACAAGGAACCCCUGCCCCAGGAUUUUUCUGUGAGAAUGGUUUCAAUCUUCAAAGAGUUCGUUACCACCUAUAAUCGGACGUAUGAGUCGAAGGAGGAAGCCGAGUGGCGCAUGUCUGUCUUUUCCAACAACGUGAUGAGAGCGCAGAAGAUCCAGGCACUGGACCGUGGCACGGCUCAGUAUGGGAUCACCAAGUUCAGUGACCUCACAGAGGAGGAGUUCCGUACCAUCUACCUGAAUCCCCUCCUAAGAGAGAACCGUGGCAAGAAGAUGGACUUAGCCAAGUCCAUUGGCGACUCUGCCCCACCCGAGUGGGACUGGAGGAAUAAGGGGGCUGUCACCCAAGUCAAGGACCAGGGCAUGUGUGGCUCCUGCUGGGCUUUCUCAGUCACCGGCAAUGUGGAGGGCCAGUGGUUCCUAAAACGGGGGGCCCUGCUCUCCCUCUCUGAGCAGGAGCUCUUGGACUGUGACAAAGUGGACAAGGCCUGCCUGGGUGGCUUGCCCUCCAACGCCUACUCAGCCAUAAAGACUCUGGGAGGGCUGGAGACAGAGGACGACUACAGCUACCGUGGCCACGUGCAGACCUGCAGUUUCUCCUCAAAGAAGGCCAGGGUCUAUAUCAACGACUCUGUGGAGCUGAGCCAGAAUGAGCAGAAGCUGGUGGCCUGGCUGGCCCAGAACGGCCCCAUCUCCGUUGCCAUCAAUGCCUUUGGCAUGCAGUUCUACCGCCGCGGGAUCUCCCACCCACUACGGCCCCUUUGCAGCCCUUGGCUCAUCGACCAUGCUGUGCUGCUUGUGGGCUAUGGCAACCGCUCUGGCAUUCCCUUCUGGGCCAUCAAGAACAGCUGGGGCACUGACUGGGGCGAGGAGGGUUACUACUACUUGCACCGUGGGUCCGGGGCCUGUGGUGUGAACACCAUGGCCAGCUCCGCAGUGGUGGACUGAGGAACACCAGCGUGGGACCUGGUGCUGACCAGAGCAGCCCCUUCCUCAGCCUGGCCUGCAUGUCCAGGUCCCUUCCCAGGAGGCACAGCUGGCUGAGGGACAGGCACCGGGUACCUCCGGGUGAGCAGAAGGCACUGGGCUAGGGCAACGCCCCGACUCCUCUCCACCCCACCCCUACCCUGAAAUUUCCCGACGGCACCUUUGUUGACCUGGGGUAGCCAGGAGGCUCUUGGGAUGAAGGAUAAUGUCCUGGCGGCUGAAGCUGGGGCAGGAAUCUUGGGCUUGGGUAAGAAGCAGGUGGGAAGAAGAUAUCCUGGCCUUAAACCCAGCUUUGUCCUCAGCAGGCUCUGGCUUCCUGCCCUGCCUUUCCUCUGUCUGAUGCUAUAAAUUUUCUGGGUCCCCCUGGAUUUGGGGACAGUACUUCCUUCCACAUCUAGAGAAACUAUUGUAACUGCCUUUUUCUAACAGCAAUAAAGAGGUGUCCUAGGCUCCA